ACAGCUGUCGGGUCGCCAUGCGUCUACUCCUGCUGGCUCCCCGGCGAGCGCAAACCGGCAAUCGCACCACCGCCCGGAGGAUCCAGGACCACCUAGAAGCCGCUGGGCAUUUGUGCAUCUUGAAGGAUACCUCUGAUUAUGAAUCCCCGUUGGCAGUUUCAAAUCUCAUCUCUUCUGAGAAGUUCGAGGCCGCCCUGGGAAUCCAUCUCUUUAAAGCAGGAAGACUUCUUCAAGGCAGUACAGUUCCUUUUGGAAUCAUCUUUGGAGGAACGGAUAUUAAUGAAGAUGCCAAAAAUGAUGAGAAGGCCCAGGUUAUGGGGAAGGUGUUGGAUGAAGCUAGGUUUGCUGUGUCCUUCACGGAAGCCAUGAAGGAAACGGCUGCGACAUAUUGGCCUCAAAUCAGGAACAAAAUCUGUGUCCAAGCUCAAGGGAUCGUGAGCCUUCUGAACAGGCAGUAUAACUGGACAGAAUUUCUGCGGAGGGCAGGGAUUCCCCAGGACGACCAGAAUCUAUACAUCUUCCUGCUGAUCUGUGGACUAAGGAGAGUCAAAGAUCCCCUUUAUCUGCUGGAUGUUUUUUCAGAGUGGCACCAGGAAGACUCCAGGGUACACCUGAUCAUUGUUGGACCUGCUGCUGAUCCAACAUUCGCAGAAGAAGUUGAGGAGAAAGUGAACAGGGCAGAUGGGGUACAUCUGUUACCAGCAAUCGCCCAGGAAGAUCUUCAUGCCGUUGUGAAAAAGUGUUUUGCUGUCGUAAACACUUCCAUUUCAGAAGGGAUGUCUGCUGCAAUUUUAGAGGCAAUGGAUUUAAAUGUUCCUGUGCUGGCGAGAAAUAUUCCAGGAAAUGCUGCAGUAAUUCUGCACCAAACAACUGGAUUAUUAUAUUCAACCCCCCAGGAAUUUGUCCAGCUGGCCAAAACUUUGAUUAAGGACCCGUUUUUCCAUAGAGAGAUUGUAAGGAAGGCACAUGAUUAUGUCCUGAAGCACCAUUCAUGGGAAAAAGAGAGGAAAGUCUAUCAAAACCUUGUUUUGGGUCUUCGAUAAUGUUUUGUAUUAAACAACCAUGCUCAUCUGGGUUUUCUUUAUAUUACUCACCUGAUUUGUUUUCAUUACUGAUAUUACUGUGGUCAUUUUGUAGACUUUGUUCUCCUCCAGAGCCAAAAUGUGGUACCUCGGGUUAUGAACUUAAUUCGUUCCGUGACUCUGGUCGCAACCCGAAUUGGUCGCGACCCAAAGCAA